AUGUCGACCACAAUCUUUUCUAAUGACUACGACUAUAUCCUUUCGAUCCAGUCUAAAGAGCCCUUGCUUGAGCUCUUAUCUACUGUGAACUACCCAACCUAUACAUCCACCGAAGCUGAUAUUGUUGUACUAUCUUCGGUAUCCUUUUUCCAGCUCUGUGGACCGGAAGGACACUCCAUUGAAAGUGCUCACUCAGCACUUCUAGAACUUGGACUUCGAGUAGGUGACGACAAUCUAUCGCAUACCGACAUCCGCCUAUAUAAAGCUCUUGCACACUCCACGUUCAAAGGUGCUGAAUAUCUUUCUACAAAUCCUUCAUUCCUCGUCUCUGUAGCCUUAUCUCCUACGCUCGAGGCCGAGACGGAUUUCAAUGCCUGGUACGAAGAAGAGCAUAUCAGCCUUCUCAGUAAAGUACCGGGAUGGCAAGCGUGUAGGCGUUUUUCUCUGGUUGAUUUUGAAUCAACCGUAAAUAGCGUCUCUCCUCCACGAUACCUUGCCCUUCAUGCUUAUAAGGACUUGGAUGGAUUCACCACCUCUCAGUUCAAGGCUGCAACGAAUACAUCCUGGAGAACGAAGGUCAUGAAGGAAAUUGUUGCUAGUGAAAGACACGUCUAUCGUUUACAGGAGUGA